GGGCCGCGGCGGGCGCCGCCGCUUCGUGCUGGGCUGCGUGGUGGCUCCUCCGCAGCCAGAGCCAGCCGGAGCCGGUCCCCGGGCGAACCCUGCCGAAGGAACCAGUAGAAGAGACUCUGCUGGAAAAAUAUGGAUUCCCUGAAGCUGGAACAGAGACCAGAGUUUACACAAAUCAUGCACUGUCUUAUGACCAGGCAAAACGGGUGCCUAGAUGGGUGAUUGAACAUAUUUCAAAACAGAAGACACUGGGCAACGCAGACCGAAGGCACUGUAAAUUCAGACCAGAUCCUAACAUCCCUCUAAUGUUUAGUGCUGUCAAUGAAGACUACCUUGGGAGCGGAUGGUCACGAGGACACAUGGCACCAGCAGGAGACAACAAAUUUUCAACAACAGCCAUGGCCGAAACGUUUUACCUGUCUAACAUCGUGCCUCAGAAUUAUGAAAAUAAUGCUGGAUUUUGGAACAGAAUGGAAAUGUAUUGUCGGGAAUUGACCGAGAGAUUUGAGGAUGUUUGGGUAGUUUCUGGACCUUUGACCUUGCCUCAAACAAGUGAUGAUGGAAAGAAGAGUGUUACGUAUCAGGUCAUCGGGAAGGAUGAUGUAGCUGUACCAUCCCACCUCUACAAGGUGAUCCUCGCCAGACGGAGCAGAACAUCUCCAGAGCCCUUGGUACUGGGGGCUUUCGUGGUGCCGAACGAUCCCAUAGGCUUCAAUCACCAGCUGACUGAGUUCCAAGUAAAUGUUGAAGAUCUGGAAAAAAUGUCAGGCUUAGUUUUCUUCCCCCAGGUGAACAAAACCAAAGAUGUUAAAAAUAUCUGCGAGGUGGAUACCUGCAAGCUGAUAGGCUUCAAGGAGUUCACGUUGUACAUCACUGCUCGAAAGGUGCAGAGCGCCCGCACGUUGCACCGCUUGGAGAAAGCCAUGUCAGAGUUACGGGAGGCAGGGAUUGAGCCUGAUGAGUAUCUGCUAAAGCUUCACAAGAAGAAGGAAGAAGAACUCCUGCAGGAAAAAAAAGUGGCAGCUAGAGAAGGGAAAGCUGGCUGAGUGCUUGUUCGGGCAGGUAUUUGGGGUUUUGUAUUUUGAAAGGGGACCUGAAGGCAAACACAAAGACGAGGGCUCUAUGAAUGAUCCUUUUUUGAACUGUGAAAACAAUAAAGAAACAUUUGAAAGCUGA